AUGGAUGGCACACACAUGAGGCUCUCCAGCCUGAGAAUCGCAAAGGGCACAAUUAAGCUACCCACGGACGUGCCCUGCCACAGAGACUUGGAGAGCAGUCCGCCAGGCCUCCAUCCUCCUAAGGGCAGAGAAGCUUGGAUGAAACUGAGCUCCCUGCGCUCAGCCAGGCCUGAGCAGGCACGGAGCGUGGCAGUGCUAGGGAAACAAGAGCAGUGCAGAGAAAGCUGGGGGACUGUCCGUAAGGCAAAAGCUGGCCCAGGCAUCGCACCUCCGGCUCCGGGGAGGAGGCGGCGGCGCGGAAGGGCGGGCAGCACCGCCUCCGCCCCCCGGGCUCCCGUUUGCCAGGCGCGCCCCCGUGCCCAGCGCGCAGCCGCACUGGUUCAAAACAGUUUGUCGCUCACGUCGGAGAAGCUGCUUCCGUUUCCAACACCGCAUUCCGGCCACACCUGCCUGUGCCGGAGAAGCGGCUCGCUCCUCAGCCCUACCCGCUUUGAGAAGGACGCCGUGCUCUGCCGCCCUAGCAAGCUAUGUCCGCCGACGGACCACAAAUUAAUCACAGAAUCUGGCAGUUUGUGCUUUCUACCUGAAAGACAGAUAGAUUGUGUACCUGUGAAUGUUGAAGAUGAAAUGGAAGCAGUGGUUAUUGACGAUGAAGAAAAUGGACUGUCCACACAAAGCUGUGUGUCAAUGGAACAAAACUCUGAAGUAAACAGUGGUGUUCACCAUGUGGCUCAACUUGCCUAUGGAAGCCAAGGCUUAUCAGUGCUAGCUGAACGAUUAACAUCACAUAUGAGCCAUUCUGCAAGUAUGCAGAGAGGAAAUGGUCACAGCCCUGAGAAAAUGAAUUUUGUGUUUUCACGUAAUAAAAGAAAACGACUUGCCCCUACCCUAGUGGGACAGAAUGUGAUGAGAACAAGGGAAGGAGAAUAUGAAGAUAGUGACAGUGUCAUUUAUGAGUAUGAACCAGACUAUGAAUGUGGGAGCAUUGUAUCUGAAGCUUCCUACACUGGAGAUCAACAGAAAACUCUAAUGGAGGUCCUCAGUUAUUGCCAGGCCAUGUAUGAUGCAAUUCAGAACUUGGAUAAAAAAUUUGACCUGCUUCAUCGUGAAGUCUCAGAAAUGCAGCAUACUUGUGUAAAGCCACUGUUGCUCAAACCUAAACCAGUUGGAUUUACAUACAGAAGUUCCAGUCAUCUGCCCCAAGGAAAAAUAAGAGUACAAAAAUCCAUGGAAAGGGAGCCAAGUCCUCAUUUUUCUUCACCACGACAAGGAAGGCAGAGCCCAGUCAUAAGGGUUGCUUUACAAAACAGCCACGUUCACGUCAAUUCCACAAUAAAACAUGUUCAACAGAGUCUUCAGCUUGAAUCACAACAGCCUGUUCACAGUCAGAGCUCAGCACUUCCCGCUAUAGUUUCUGCACAUUCAUUGCAUUCAUCAUGCACAACAAACAAAAGGAUGCCUGACCUUUCUGCACAAUCAAAUUUUGUAGCAAGUGUUUUGGAAAGUACUGUCCAUGUUGCAUCAUCACCAGUGGCAUCGUCAUUCAUGCCAGCACCAUCUGAGGCCAGUCUGGGAAAUAAUGUGAUGAUGGUGAACUACAGAAAUGCACCUGGGAGUGUGAACAUUAGUAACGAUCUACCAUCAUCUUCAGUCUCCAUCAAUCCUAGUUUUGAAUUUGUUGGUGACCCAGUGAGAAAUGUAAGAGUUCCUGGCACCUAUCUGAUGAAAGCUCGGCAAAAGACUAAACCGAAAUACGCGGCACGCUACUUAGUUCGUGUCUUGUUCCCCAAGGAAACGUUGCUGUGCAGCAUUAUGGGAGUGAGUGCACGAGGGCGCAGAACACUGGAUCCAAACAAAAUUGCUGCAGUGAGAGAAUUUCUUGCAACUAAUUUUCCAAACUAUGAUUUGAGUGAACAUGGAAAAGACUGGAAAACCUGUAUCACAAAUGUCAAUGCUAUGAUCCGCUGUUUACGCUCUGAAACGAAAAUAAACCCAGAGACUGCUGAAGGGAAGGAAAAAGUGACUGAUGCUCCAGAUAAAUCUCAUUGUGUAGAUUUAAAUUGUAAUGAGGAUAGUGAAGGCAAUUCUCAAAACUCUCAGAAAAUGGCCACAACUGACAUGUUGCAGAAUUUGGGAUUGGAAAGGUUUCCAGAAGCUUUCCACGCACCUUCGAUCAAGAAACCGCAAUCUUUGGAACCUAUGGAACUUCUUGGGAGUCCAUGGCGCAAUGUUCAGUUGCCUUUCUCAGUCAUUUAUGUAGCUAAGGGGAAGUCUCGGCCAGAGUUGUCAGCUCGCUACCUAAUUCGUCAUAUGUUCACUGAAGAUGUGCUGGUAAAAAGCAAUGUAUAUGGUAAUCUUGAACGUGGCAUGAGCCCACUGGACUGCAACAGAAUUAAUGCUCUCAGAGACUUUCUUCAAGAGAAUUAUCCAUCCUUUGAUCUAAAGGAAACUGGAUAUGAUUGGAAGGCAUGUGUUGCUGCCAUAAACAGCACAAUCCGCAGUCUCAGACAUGACCAUAAAAAGGCCACAGUUGGAAUCCGCCAGAAGGUCUUGACCAUGCCACCACUGAGUGCAAAGAGUCCUCCACAGAGUCCCACUUCAGUGAAGCCAUUUGAAAGUGACACUAUCAAUCUCAUGGACUGAAGCUCUUUAAUAUGUGUCUCAAAUCCUAGUUUAGUGGUUUUAUAAACCCCACACAGAAGCCUGUUGCAUCAAGCUGUCGUAUUAUACUGAGUUGUCAGCCGCAUGGAAUAUUAUUAUUUCAUGAGACCAAAGUUAGCAGAAGACUUCGGAACUGUAACUUCUUUUAUAAGUAGCAUGUGUGCUCCUCAGAAAUUACUUCCACUGUUCCCUGCAGCAUUUGCAAUGUGCUCUCUCCUAAAAGCACUUUUCUUCUCAUGAUUCAUUGACUCUGAAACAUUAAUCUAAUUAGAAAAGAUGCACUGUGCAUCAAGUCAGCAGAAGCAUAUAGAAAUGUGGAAUGAUUGGUCCUCCUCAGAGGAAGACUCAUAACCAGUAAAAUUAUCUCUUGUGUGAGGAAUGAAAUUUGCUUUGACAGUUGGAUAUUUUAAGCCAAAAUAUCUAAUGCAGAAAGGAAAAAAAAUGAAUCCUGCACCCAGCUGACUUGUUAUGUUGCUUACCUUUUUUGCCUCCUACAGCAGUCUUUGUUGUAGAAUAAGGAAAGAGGCAGGCAAAAAUGUAAUUACAGUUGGUAAUAUUUUCUUUGCUCAGAUUUAGCUCUACAAAAGCACAGGGGAAACAUCCAGAACAAACGGUUUGAUGGUUGGUUCUGUUUUUUUCUUUAUGAAAAUGAAAGAAAAUACUUCUUCAGGGCCUUGGUCUGCUGUUCAGUGGUAUACGUCUCAUCAUCUCGUGUGGAUGUCCACAAGAUGCAAAUCUGUUGCAACUUCCAUCUAGAGGAUUUGGAUCCUAAUACCAAUUUGAGAAAUAAUAAUUUCAAUCGCCUUCAAGUUGGACCUUCAGUUACAACUGAGAGCACAUGCUGUACUGUUGGUAUGUAGUCAGAGAUGAUCAGCAUCAGUGGCAUGCCUUCUCAAACUCAAUAAGCGUAGUUUUUAAUACUCAGGUCUACAAAGCUAAAAGUGUUUGCUUUGCUGUGUGGGUAGACUGGUGUUCUAAAGACUUGUCACCCUGCCGUUGUUAACCACUGCACAUCUUUCAAAAUUUAAUUUGCAGAGUCACAGAAUGGUUGAGGUUGGAAGGGAUGUCUGGAGGUCAUCUGAUACAUUUUUCCUGCUCAGGCAGGGCCACCUAGAGCCAAUUGUGUAGCACAGUGUCCAGACUGCUUUUGAAUAUCUCCAAGGUUGAAAACUCCACAGCCUUCUGGGGCAACUGCUGCAAGGGCUCAAUCAUUGUCACAGUAAAAAAAAAAAAGUGUUUCCUGAUGUUCAGAUGGAACCUCAUGUGUUUUGUUUUGUAUCUACUGCUUCUGGUCCUGCCACUGGGCACUGUCCUAUUGGCUAUAUGUCCUCUUUGCAACCUCCCCUCAGGUAUUUAUAUAUGUGGAUGAGAUCCCUCUUGAACGAUUUCUUCUUUAGACUGAACAGUCACAGCUCUCUCAGCCUUUCCUCACAGGAGAGAUGCUCCAGUCUUGUCAUCAUCUUUGUAGCCGUUUGGACUUUUUCCAGUAAGUCUGUGCAGUCCUGUACUGAGGAGCCCAGAGCUGCACCCAGCACUCCAUGGGCAGCCUCACAAGUGCUGAAAAGAGGAGAAGAAUCACCUCCUUGAGCCCUGCUGGCAGCAUCGUCCUAAUGCAGCUCAGGGUACCAUUAGCCACCGUUGCAGCAAGAUCAUGUGGCUGGCUCAUGUUCAACUUAAUGUCCACUAGAACAUCCCAUGGUACACUCUGUCUCAUCACUGAGGUUGUUAAUGAAGAUGUUAAACAGGAUCAGAUCCAGUAUUGAUCCCUGGGGUACUUCGCUAGUACAUUAGAUGGUACCUUACAGGCCUUCAUCUGGACUUUGUGCUGCUGAUUACCACUCUCUGGGCCCUGACUUUUUUAGUUUCCCAUCCACCUUACUGUCUGCUCAUCCAGCCUGUACAUCAACAGCUUGUAUGUGAGGAUCUUAUGGGAGACAGUGUUGAUGGCUUUCCUCAAGUCCAGGUCGACAAUAUUCAUGCUACUUCUCUCAUCUACCAGUCAUUUUAUCCUAGAAGCCUGUCAAGUUGGUCAUCUGUGACUUCCCCUUAGUUGAAGCCAUGCAGUGACUACUCCUGGUAGUAUUCUUGUCCUUCAUCUGCUUGGAAAUGGUUUCUAGGACUAGCUGUUACAUCGCUUUCCCAGGAAUGGAGGUACAGCUGACUGGCUUGUAGUUCCCCAAGUCCUCCUUGCCCUUCUUGAAGACAGCAGUGGCAUCUGCUUUCACCCUGUCUUUGGACACUUGUCCCAUUAAACCUUUAUCAAUCAAAGAUUAAUCAAGAGUGGCCUUGCAAUGGCAUCAGCCAGCUCCCUCAGCAUUCAUGGGCUCAUUCCAUCAGGAUUCUUGGACUUAAUACAUGUCUAGUUUGUUUAUGGAUUACCUGGCCAGAUCCUCUUCCACCCAGUGUAUAUUCAUUGAUCUAGCCUUGCCCCCUGGUCUCUGGAUUCUUGAGAGCCAAUCUUACUCAUAAAAAGUGAGACAAAGGUGGCAUUGAAUUUCUCAGCCUUUUUUGUGUGCUUUGUCAUCAGGUUCCCUGUGUCAUUCAGCAGUGGACCCUUUUGUCACCUGUGUAUUUACAGAAGCUCUUCUUGCUAUCUUCGACAUCCCUGGCCACUUUUAGUUCCAGCUGGGCUUAAGCUUUCCUGACUUCACUCCUGGAUGCUGAGGCAAUGUCACUGCAUUCCUCCUGGGUUACUUGGUUUUUCUUCCACAUUCUGUAUGCUUCUUUUGAUUUUGUCCAGAAGCUCCUGGUUCAGCACAGGCCUCCUGGCAUUUUUGCUGGACUUGUUCAUUUUGAUGGCUCCCUCUGGAGCUUAGAGGAGAUGAUCCAUAAAUUUUGACCAACUUUCCUGGGCCAUCUUCUGUCCACGGUCCUAAUCCCAUAGGACUCUUCAUAGCAGAUCUUGGAGCAGACCAAAGUCCGCUCUGCUGAAGUCCAGGAUUGUGAGCCUGCUUUUUACUCUCUCCCCUUAGGAUCCUGAACUCCACCAUCUCAAGGUCACUGAGGUAAGGCUGAUUAUGACCUUCAUGUUCUCAACCAGGCCCUUGUUGUAGGUGAGUAUGAGGUCAGCAAAGCCCCUCUCCUUGUUCACUCCUCUGUCGCUUAGAGGAAGAAGUUAUUGGCAACAAUAAAUAUGCCCUUUCUGGCCACACAACACUAAUAUUUAUUAGUGUGCUGAAUUAUGUAUUAAAAAACCAAACAAACUUUGAAAAACACUUGGAUGCUGAACUCAUGAAAAUAAAUAAAAAUAACUCAUAUUCA